GAUGGCGUCGAGCGGAGGAGAUGGGGAACACGAAUGGACAGCGGCAGUGCGGCCGCUUUUAUCAGCUUCGUACACCGCUUUUGAGACGAAAGAGCUACCUCAGCUUAUUGGGUCUAUAAUAAACAGUGAAUCAGACAUUCUUCACCAUGACAAACAGUAUGAGCCUUUCUACUCGUCAUUUGUGGCUCUCUCCGCACAUUACAUCACCACAGUAUGUGGACAAAUACCGAGAAAUCAGUUGCUGUCGGUUGCUGCAGCAUGCAAGGUAUUGAUUGAGUUUUCAUUGUUGCGGCUGGAGAAUCCAGAUGAGGCAUGUGCAGUGUCACAGAAACAUCUGAUUCUUCUAAUAAAAGGACUUUGCACUGGUUGCAGCAGACUAGAUCGCACAGAAAUCAUUACUUUCACUGCUAUGAUGAAGUCUGCCAAGUUGCCUCAAACCAUCAAGACCCUUUCAGAUGUGGAAGAUCAGAAGGAAUUACCCAGUGCUGUGAACCCAGAGCUUCGACAAAAGGAAGUGCAGAUGAACUUCUUUAAUCAGCUGACUUCAGUUUUCAACCCUGACCUUACCACCAUCUUAGCCUCCCCGUCAGCAACGCACAUGCAGGCUGAGAGUGAUUGCGAUGACCAAACAACAGAUCAGGCUCUUCAGGCCAAAAUGAAAAAUGCCUUUGUAUCUCAGAAUGUGUCAAGCUUACAGGAACUUGGUGGGUCUGAGAAGUUGCUACGAGUGUGCCUCAACCUGCCCUACUUUCUACGCUACAUCAAUCGUUUCCAAGAUGCUGUAUCAGCCAAUUCUUUCUUUAUCAUGCCUGCAACUGUGGCCGAUGCCACUGCUGUCCGCAAUGGAUUUCAUUCACUGGUGAUAGAUGUAACAAUGGCAUUGGACACACUCUCCCUACCUGUUCUGGAGCCUUUGACACCAGGGAGGUUACUGGAUAUGACUGUACUGGCUCUGAGCUGUCUCUAUGCUGGUGUGAGUGUGGCCACAUGCAUGGCCAUUCUGCAGGUAGGGAGUGGUUUGCAGCUACGCUCUGCCUCCACUGGGACUAAAGAGGAGGACUAUGAAAAUGACGCAGCCACAAUUGUGCAGAAAUGCUUGGAGAUCUACGAAAUGAUUGGUCAAGCCAUCAGCAACUCCCGCAGAGCUGGAGGAGAGCAUUAUCAGAAUUUCCAGCUGCUUGGAGCCUGGUGCCUCUUAAAUAGCCUGUACCUGAUUCUUAACCUGAGCCCUACUGCUCUGGCAGAUAAGGGAAAGGAGAAGGAUCCUCUGGCUGCCCUGCGCGUUCGCGAUAUCGCUGCUCGCACAAAGGAUGGUGCAGGAUCGCCUAAACUUGGUCCUGGAAAAGGACACCAAGGGUUUGGAGUUUUGUCCGUUAUCCUGGCCAACCACGCGAUCAAACUUUUGACUUCGCUUUUCCAGGACCUGCAAGUUGAGGCCCUACAUCGGGGUUGGGCAAGUGAUGGUCCACCAGCUGAACUCAACAUCAUGGCCCAGAGCACUUCCAUCCAGAGAGUUCAAAGGCUCAUUGAUUCUGUGCCCCUGACAAAUCUGCUGUUCACACUACUCUCCACUUCCUAUAAAAAGGCUUGUGUUCUUCAACGGCAAAGGAAAGGCUCAGUCAGCAGUGAUGCCAGUGCUUCCACAGACUCAAACACCUACUAUGAGGAUGAUUUCAGCAGCACAGAGGAGGACAGUAGCCAAGCAGAGAGAAGACAGGAGAAGACAAGUGCAGCUUGUGUCUCAGAUGAUGACAGCGAACCCAUCUUGGGGCUCUGGUUUGAAGAGACUAUUUCUCCGUCAAAGGACAAAGUGGCUCCCCCACCCCCUCCACCACCCCCACCCCUGGAGACCUCUCCAAGACUGAAGAGCCCAAGCAAACAGAAUCCAAGCGAAAAUGGCAACAUUUUAGCGGGACGCAAAGACCCAGAGCUGUUUCUCAGUUUAGCCUCCAGCAUUCUGAACUUCAUCACCACUUCAAUGCUCAAGUCGAGGAACAACUUCAUCCGCAACUACCUGAGUGUGUCUCUUACAGAGCAGCACAUGGCCACACUGGCCAGCAUCAUUAAGGAUGUGGACAAAGAUGUCAAAGGCUCCUCAGAUGAAGUGUUUUCUUUGGCUCUGUAUCACUUCAACCACACAUUAGUCACAUCUGAUCUUCCAUCUCCAGCACUGCAGAGCACCCUUCUGCAGCAGUUAGGUGUUGCUCCCUUUUCAGAGGGUCCUUGGCCUCUGUACAUUCACCCUCAGUCAUUGUCAGUCCUGUCUCGACUUCUCCUCAUUUGGCAACAUAAAGCCAGUGUACAAGGAGACCCAGAUGUGCCUGAGUGUAUGAAGGUUUGGGAAAGGUUUUUGGGAACCUUAAAGCAGCACACCCUCCAGGGUUCUGUUCAUGGAGAAGAUGAUCUAAAUGUGGAGCACCUCCAGCUUCUGCUGCUGCUGUUCCACAAUCUCUCAGAGCGCGGGCGACGAACAGUCCUCACUCUGGUUACCCAGGCCAUCACUGAAGUGGCACAGAGCAGAGACUCCCAGCUCAAGGCAGUGCCCCUCAACCUGGCUCGACUGUUGCUGGUUUUUGACUACCUGCUACGGCAUUACUCCAAGGCUCCCUUGUACCUUUUUGAACAGGUGCAGUACAAUCUUCUCACCCCACCAUCAACCGGGCCAAGCUCUGCUCAGGAAGGUGGCAAACGCAGCAGUCUGCCCCUUUACUAUGGCUUCAAAGAGGUCGAAGAAAACUGGGCCAAACACUGUUCAGCAGAUUCGAAUGUUCAGCCCAAAUUCUACUGCGUUCUGUCUCCUGAGGCAUCUGAAGAUGAUAUCAGCAGACUAGACAGCAAGGUCUUUCCAAAACUGUUCAAUGGAGCAGUUAAAUAUGAUGAAUUAUAUUCAUGGCUCAUCUCGCUCCUGGCAGCAGGCUCUCAGUUUGACACAGCAAGACGACAAGAGAACAAACCUGUUACUCCCAUGGAGGCCUGCUCCCUCCAGUACUACUUCCUGGUGCUGUGGAGGAUUCUGGGAGUUUUACCACCCUCAAAAGCUUACAUGGAGCAGCUUAAAGCUGGCUGCAGUGAUCCCAGUGAGAGCGACAUUCUGCACACACUCCGAUGGUCCUCACGUCUCCGUGUAUCUACCUAUGUUAACUGGAUCAAGGAACACUUGGUGAAGCAGGGGAUGAAAGCAGACCAAGCAGCAUCUCUGGUUGAGAUAACAGCUGCCAAAUGCAGCACUGUUAAAUAUGAUGUUGAACUAGCAGAGGAGUAUAUUGCUAGACAGAUUUCCACCUUCUCCAGUGUAGAUCCAAGUGUUAUCCUUCCCCUUCACCAGUUGCCCUCUCUACAAGCUAUUUAUACACUGGACGCAGUGAUCUCAAAAGUGCAGGUGUCCCUAGAUGAGCAUUUGUCCAAGGUUGCCAUUGAAGCAGACACUCACAAGUCCUCUGAAAUCACAAAGAACCUGUUGCCUGCCACACUACAGCUCACUGAUGUUUACACAGCCUUUACAAGGUCUUAUCUGUUAAUGAACAUCCCAGAGGAAGGGGAGAACAAAUUGACAGAUGCUAAGCUUCAGGGUUAUGCUGCAGUUCUCUCCAUUGGCUCCACACGCUGCAAGGCCAACAUGCUCGGUCACAGUGUUAUGCAGAACUUGCCAUCUGCAGUACAGACAGUCUGUGAGACUUGGAACAGCAUUCACACCAAUGAGUUCCCUAACAUUGGCUCAUGGCGAAAUGCAUUUGCCAAUGAUACCAUUCCAUCUGAGAGCUACAUCAGUGCCAUCCAAGCAGCUCACCUGGGCACACUUAGCUGCCAGUCUUUGCCUCUGGCCUCUUCUCUGAAACACAUCCUUCUGUCUUUGGUUCGCCUCACUGGUGAUCUCAUUGUCACAGAGGAGCUGAAUCCAUCGCAGGUUGUCCGCACACUGCUGCCCCUCCUGUUAGAGAGCAGCACAGAAAGCGUUGCAGAGAUCAGCAGCACAUCACUGGAGCGUAUCCUCGGACCAUCGGAGUCAGACGCCUUCCUUGCUCGGAUCUAUGAGCGUUUGGUGACAGGGUGUUACAACAUCAUUGCUAAUCACUCAGACCCCAACAGUGGUUUGGAUGAGUCCGUCCUUGAGGAAUGCCUUCAGUACCUUGAAAAACAACUAGAAAGUAGUCAAGUCCGCAAAGCCAUGGAAGAGUUCUUUUCAUUCAGCGGUGAGCUGGUACAAAUUAUGAUGGCGACAGCCAAUGAAAACUUGUCAGCAAAAUUCUGCAACAGGGUACUGAAGUUCUUCACCAAGCUUUUCCAACUCACUGAGAAGAGUCCAAACCCCAGUCUGUUGUGUCUGUGUGGCUCUCUGGCCCAGCUGGCCUGUGUGGAGCCCUCUCGGUUGCAGUCCUGGCUAACACGCAUGACAACCACCCCACCAAAGGACUCAGAGCAGCUGGAGAUUGUGCAGGAAAACCGGCAGCUCCUUCAGCUGCUCACCACUCACAUCGUGCGUGACAACAGCCAGGUGGGCGAAGGAGUGUGUACAGUCCUCCUCAGCACGCUCAUUCCUAUGGCAACAGACAUGCUAGCCAAUGGAGAUGGAACAGGAUUUCCUGAGCUCAUGGUCAUCAUGGCCACUCUAGCCAGUGCUGGACAGGGGGCUGGGCAUCUGCAGUUGCACAGAGCUGCUAUUGACUGGCUGACAAGAUGCAAAAAAUAUUUAACGCAGAAGAAUGUGGUAGAAAAAGUGAGCACCAACUUGUCCCAAGGAAAGCAUGCCAGCAUGCUUGAAUGCUCGUGCCACAUCAUCUCCUACCUGGCAGAUGUGAUGAAUGCUUUGAGGCAGAGUAGUGGCCAAGGAACUUCAGCUCUACUGAUGGAGGGAGAAGAGAAGGCCAUGGAAGUGGAUUCAGACUGGGUGGAGGAGCUUGCUGUAGAAGAGGAUGAUUCUCAGGCUGAAGACUCUGAUGAAGACUCCCUUUGCAACAAACUCUGCACCUUCACCAUUACCCAAAAGGAGUUCAUGAACCAGCACUGGUACCACUGUCACACCUGUAAGAUGGUGGAUGGGGUAGGUGUGUGCACAGUGUGCGCCAAGGUCUGUCACAAAGACCAUGAGAUCUCCUAUGCCAAAUAUGGCUCUUUCUUCUGUGACUGCGGUGCCAAAGAGGAUGGCAGCUGCCAGGCCUUGGUCAAGCGCAGCCCCAGCAGCGGUAUUGGCUCCACCCUCAAAGAGUCGUCUGCGUUUCAGAGUGAACUGCGUAUGCCUGAGAGUGCUAUUCGCCACCAGAAUGCCUCACCCUCUGACAAGGGUAAGGUCACUAUCUGUGAUGGCAAACCUGGUGAUGACGACAGACCCAAGAAAAGCAGUGUGUGCAAGAGCAUUGAGGGCUGCCAGGAUGAUCUGUUGGCACAAGUGAUGGGAUCAUCCACUGCAGCAGUAAUACUAGAGAUGCUCAUGUUCCUCAUGGAUGCCAUCCAGACAAACUUCCAGCAGGCGUCUGCUGUAGGAAGUAGCAGCCGUGCUCAGCAGGCCCUCAAUGAACUGCAUACUCAGGACAAAACUGUGGAGAUGACCGACCAGUUAAUGGUGCCCACUCUUGGCUCACAGGAAGGGGCUUUUGAGAAUGUGAGGAUGAACUACAGUGGUGAUCAGGGUCAAACAAUUCGCCAGCUAAUCAGUGCACAUGUCCUGCGCCGUGUUGCUAUGUGUGUUUUGUCAUCACCCCACGGUCGCCGCCAACACCUUGCAGUCAGCCAUGAAAAGGGAAAGAUCACAGUUCUGCAGCUGUCUACUCUACUGAAGCAGGCUGAUUCAAGCAAGAGGAAGUUGACGCUGACCCGUCUGGCCUCUGCGCCUGUCCCUUUCACUGUCCUUAGUCUCACAGGCAACCCCUGUAAUGAAGAUUACCUGGCUGUAUGCGGACUUAAGGACUGCCAUGUGCUGACUUUCAGCAGCACAGGCUCUGUGUCAGACCAUUUAGUGUUGCAUCCACAGCUGGCAACUGGCAACUUCAUCAUCAAAGCUAUUUGGUUACCUGGCUCACAGACUGAACUCGCCAUCAUCACUGCUGACUUUGUCAAGAUUUAUGAUUUAUCAGUGGAUGCCCUGAGCCCCAUGUACUACUUCCUGCUCCCAAGUUCCAAGAUCCGAGAUGCUACAUUCCUGUUCAACGAAGAGGGGAAAAACAUUAUUGUCAUCAUGUCUUCAGCAGGUUACAUGUACACACAGGUCAUGGAUGAAUCCAGCAGUGCCCAGCACGGCCCAUUCUAUGUUACAAAUGUGCUGGAGAUCAACCACGAAGACCUAAAGGAUAGUAACGGGCAGGUGGCAGGCGGUGGUGUGUCGGUCUAUUACUCCCAUGUACUCCAGAUGCUUUUCUUCAGCUACAGUCAGGGAAAGUCCUUUGCUGCCACAGUGAGCCGCAGCACCACAGACGUGCAACGGCUCUUCCCCAUCAACAUCAAAGGGUCUAAUGGCGGCAGCAGUAAGGUGUCACCUGCUCUGUGCCAAUGGUCUGAGGUCAUGAACCAUCCAGGCCUGGUGUGCUGUGUGCAGCAGACAACAGGCAUCCCACUGGUCAUCAUGGUCAAGCCAGACACUUUCCUCAUCCAAGAGAUUAAAACUCUGCCAGCCAAAGCUAAAAUUCAAGACAUGGUAGCUAUUCGACAUACAGCUAGCAAUGAGCAACAACGCACCACCAUGAUUCUUCUCUGUGAAGAUGGAAGCCUGCGAAUCUAUAUGGCCAAUGUGGACAACACCUCGUACUGGCUCCAGCCCUCACUGCAGCCCAGCUGUGGCAUCAGUAUCAUGAAGCCUGUUCGCAAGCGCAAAGCUGCUGCUACAACCACCCGGACCUCCAGUCAGGUUACAUUCCCAGUAGACUUCUUUGAACACAACCAGCAGCUGACAGAGGUGGAGUUUGGGGGAAAUGACUUGCUGCAGGUCUACAAUGGACAGCAGAUAAAACACAGGCUCAAUUCUACAGGGAUGUAUGUGGCCAAUACCAAGCCUGGGGGAUUCACUGUGGAAGCAGUCAACAACAACAGCUCUAUGGUGAUGACUGGCAUGAGAGUACAGGUGGGAACACAGGCAAUUGAGAGAGCUCCUUCCUAUGUGGAGGUCUUUGGACGGACUAUGCAGAUAAAUCUGACCAGGGCCCGCUGGUUUGAUUUCCCCUUCACCCGGGAGGAAGCCCUGCAGGCUGACAAGAAACUGUCUAUUUUCAUUGGCGCAUCUGUUGACCCUGCUGGAGUCACCAUGCUUGAUUCAAUCAAGAUCUAUGGCAAGACCAAGGAGCAGUUUGGCUGGCCCGAGGAUCCUCCCGAGGACUUCUCUUCUGCUUCUGUCAACAACGUCUGCAGUCCCAACCUUAACCAGGGCAACGGCAUGUCUGAUGGGGACAUAGCCACACCAACCACCACAAGCGGCACCGUGCUGGAGAGAUUGGUUGUCAACUCUUUAGAAGCUUUGGAAAGCUGCUUUGCUGUUGGCUCCUCUAGUGAAAAGGAGAAGAACAAGUCUGCAGCGCUCGAGUUGGCCACUCUGCUGCUGUCCAUGCCGACCCCUGCAGGUGUCCAGCAGCAGACCAAGGGACUUCUUGCUAGUCUGCAUACAAGCCGCACAGCCUACCACAACCACAAGGACCAGUCCCUUCUGAGCAAUGCGGUGCAGUGUCUGAAUACUUGCAGCCGUGAGGGGAGAGAACUGGACCCUGAUGUUUUUCAGAGGCUUGUCAUCACUGCCCGGUCUAUUGCAAUCAUGAGACCAAACAACUUGGUGCACUUCACUGAAGCAAAAUCACUACAUCAUGACUCUGAAACAGACGAUGGACAAAAACACAUGGAUGGUGAAAGCUGUAACUUCAUCACGCAGCUUAUGAAUAACUUUUGGAAACUUCAUGCUCUGAAACCAAAGAACGCCUUUCUUGCUCCUGCUUGCUUGCCAGGUCUAACUCACGUGGAAGCGACUGUGAAUGCUUUAGUGGACAUUAUUCACGCAUACUGCACAUGUGAACUAGAUUACAUCAAUGUAGCUUCCAUCUAUAUGCAAAUGUUACUGUGCCCUGACACAGCUGUGAGCUUUGCUUGUAAGCAGGCUCUGAUCAGAGUGCUUCGACCUAGAAACAAACGGCGACAUGUUACCCUCCCAUCUCCUCCACGCUCCAACACACCCAUGGGAGACAAGGAUGAUGAUGAUGAUGAUGACGCAGAUGAUAAAAUGCAGUCAUCUGUGCUGACAGGAGGAGAAGAGGGUAGGCAGGAAAGCCAGGAGCAGAAUGAAGUGGACCAUGGCGACUUUGAGAUGGUGUCUGAGUCCAUGGUUCUGGAAACAUCAGAAAAUGUAAACAAUGGAAAUCCAUCUCCACUGGAGGCUCUGCUGGCUGGAGCCGAGGGUUUCCCUCCAAUGCUGGACAUUCCUCCUGAUGCAGAUGAUGAAACCAUGGUAGAGCUAGCCAUCGCACUGAGCCUUCAACAGGAUCAACAAGGCAGUAGCAGCAGUGCCCUUGGUCUUCAGAGCCUCGGCCUGUCUGGUCAGGCCCCAAGCUCCUCUUCACUGGAUGCUGGCACUUUGUCAGAUACCACCGCAUCAGCUAUUGCUAUGAUUUCAGCCCCGGCAUCAGAUGAUGAGGGCAGCACAGCUGCUACUGAUGGCUCCACACUGCGGACCUCCCCAGCUGAGCACGGAGGCAGUGUGGGCUCAGAGAGUGGAGGCUCUGCAAUCGACUCUGUAGCAGGGGAGCACAGUGUGUCAGGACGCAGCAGUGCAUAUGGGGACACAACAGUGGAGGGUCACCCGGCUGGUCCUGGUAGUGUGAGCUCCAGCACUGGAGCCAUCAGCACCACCACAGCCCAGCAGGAAGGUGAAGGCUCAGAGGGUGAAGGAGAGACUGAAGGAGACAUCCACACAAGCAACAGGCUUCAUAUGGUCCGGCUCAUGCUACUGGAACGCUUACUUCAGCACCUUUCCCAACUCCACAAUGUUGGAGGAGUCCAAGCCAUCCCCUACAUGCAGGUUAUCCUCAUGUUAACUUCUGACCUGGAUGGGGAGGAUGAAAAGGAUAAGGGUGCCUUAGAUGACCUGCUUGCACAGCUCAUAGCUGAGCUAGGCAUGCACAAGAAGGAUGUGUCUAAGAAAAAUGAACGCAGCUCAAUCAAUGAAGUUCACCUGGUCAUCAUGAGACUGCUCAGCGUCUUCAUGUCUCGAACAAAGUCUGGGUCCAAAUCUUCCAGUGAGUCCUCCUCACUCAUUUCCAAUGCAACAGCUACUGCUCUGCUCAGCCUGGGAGCCAUUGACUACUGUCUACAUGUGCUCAAGUCACUGCUGGAGUUCUGGAAGAGCCAACAGGGUGAAGAAGAGCCAGUGACCACCAGUCAGCUCCUCCGUCCACAUACAGCCUCCUCUCCUCCAGACAUGAGUCCGUUCUUCCUGCGGCAGUAUGUUAAGGGCCAUGCUGCUGAUGUGUUUGAGGCUUACUCUCAGCUGUUGACUGAGAUGGUGCUCCGGCUGCCGUAUCAGAUCAAGAAAAUUGCUGACACCAAUCCACGUAUCCCGCCACCUGUCUUUGACCAUUCUUGGUUCUACUUCCUGUCUGAAUAUCUGAUGAUCCAACAGACUCCAUUUGUCAGGAGGCAAGUCAGAAAGCUGUUGCUGUUUAUCUGUGGCUCCAAAGAAAAAUAUCGUCAGCUCCGGGAUCUGCACACUCUUGACUCUCAUGUGCGCAGUAUCAAGAAGCUCCUGGAGGAGCAGGGCAUCUUCCUUCGUGCUGGUAUUGUUACAGCUACCUCUGGCUCAGCCCUGCAAUAUGACACACUCAUCAGCCUGAUGGAACACCUGAAAGCUUGUGCUGAAAUUGCCACACAGAGAACUAUCAACUGGCAGAAAUUCUGUAUGAAGGAUGACUCUGUGUUGUACUUCUUGCUCCAAGUCAGCUUCCUAGUGGAUGAAGGUGUUUCCCCAGUACUGUUGCAGCUGCUUUCAUGUGCCCUGUGUGGUAGUAAGGUGCUAGCCAGCUCCUCAUCCUCAUCCUCGUCAUUCUCUGGAGGAGGUUCCAGUAAUGCUGGGCAGACAGGUGCUUCUCAGUCUUCUCAGAGCAAAUCGUCCAGCAAAAAGAGUAAAAAAGAAGAUAAGGAGAAAGACAAAGAGGGUGAUGGAGUUGGAAGCCAGGAAGACCAGCUGUGUAUGGCUCUGGUCAGUCAGCUUAACAAGUUUGCAGAUAAAGAGACACUCAUUCAGUUCUUGCGCUGCUUCCUGUUGGAAUCAAACUCAUCUGCUGUGCGCUGGCAAGCCCAUUGUCUGGCAUUACACAUUUACAGGAACUCCAGUAAAUCUCAGCAGGAGUUGUUGCUGGAACUGACUUGGGCCAUCUGGCCUGAACUUCCUGCAUAUGGCCGCAAAGCUGCCCAAUUUGUCGACCUGCUUGGAUACUUCUCACUUAAGACCCCCCAGACAGAGAAAAAGCUGAAGGAGUAUUCUCAGAAGGCUGUGGAAAUCUUGAGGGCACAGAACCAUAUUCUGACAAAUCACCCAAAUUCAAACAUCUACAAUACUCUGUCGGGUUUGGUGGAGUUUGAUGGCUUUUAUCUGGAGAGUGACCCAUGCUUGGUGUGCAACAACCCAGAAGUUCCAUUUUCGAAUAUCAAAUUGUCAUCUAUCAAAGUGGACACCCGCUACACUACCACACAGCAGGUUGUUAAACUCAUUGGCAGCCACACUAUCAGCAAAGUCACAGUGAAGAUUGGUGACCUCAAACGCACAAAAAUGGUCCGUACGAUCAACCUCUACUACAACAACAGGACUGUACAGGCCAUCGUGGAGCUAAAGAACAAACCUGCUCGUUGGCACAAAGCCAAAAAGGUUCAACUAACCCCAGGACAAACAGAGGUGAAGAUUGACCUUCCUCUGCCCAUUGUUGCAUCCAACCUGAUGAUAGAGUUCUCUGAUUUUUACGAGAACUACCAGGCCUCCACCGAGACCCUGCAGUGUCCACGCUGUAGUGCCUCUGUGCCAGCCAACCCUGGGGUUUGUGGCAACUGUGGUGAGAAUGUGUAUCAGUGCCACAAGUGCAGAUCUAUCAAUUAUGAUGAAAAGGAUCCAUUCCUGUGCAAUGCCUGUGGUUUCUGCAAAUAUGCUCGCUUUGACUUCAUGCUGUAUGCCAAACCCUGUUGUGCUGUGGAUCCCAUUGAGAAUGAAGAAGACAGGAAAAAGGCUGUGACUAAUAUCAACACCUUGCUGGAUAAAGCUGAUCGGGUCUAUCACCAGCUGAUGGGCCAUCGGCCUCAGCUGGAGAGUCUUCUGUCUAAAGUUAAUGAAGCUGCGCCAGAGAAACCUCAGGAUGACACUGGUGCAGGUGCAGGACUUGGUACAUCCUCCGCCAAUGUGAACAGGUACAUUCAACAGCUGGCUCAAGAGUACAGUGGAGACUGCAAGACAUCAUUCGAUGAGCUCUCCAAAAUCAUACAGAAAGUACUCGCAUCCCGUAAAGAGCUCCUGGAGUAUGAUCUACAGCAACGUGAAGCUGCCACGAAGUCUUCUCGGAGCAGCAGCAGCCACCAGCCAACCUUCACGGCCAGUCAGUACCGUGCCCUCUCUGUGUUGGGCUGUGGACACACCUCAUCCACAAAGUGUUACGGCUGUGCCUCAGCUGUCACAGGUCACUGUAUCACACUGCUCCGAGCACUUGCCACAAACCCAGCCCUCCGGCAGAUCCUGGUCCUCCAGGGGCUCAUCCGUGAGCUGUUUGAGUAUAACCUAAGGCGAGGUACAGCAGCCAUGAGGGAGGAGGUCCGUCAGCUGGUCUGUCUCCUCACCCGAGAUCAUCCAGAGGCGACACAGCAGAUGAAUGACCUCAUCAUUGCCAAGGUCUCAGCUGCUCUUAAAGGUCAUUGGGCCAAUCCUGACCUGGUUAGUAAUCUGCAGUAUGAGAUGCUGUUACUGACUGACUCCAUUUCUAAAGAGGGAGGAUGCUGGGAGCUGCGCUUGCGUUGUGCCCUAAGUCUGUUCCUGAUGUCGGUGAAUAUUAAGACACCUGUGGUGGUGGAGAACAUCACUCUGAUGUGCCUGAGAAUCCUACAAAAACUAAUUAAACCCCCUGCUCCCACCAGCAAGAAGAACAAGGAUGCCGCCAUCGAGUCCCUGACCACAGUCAGACCAUACAGUAAUGAAAUACAUGCCCAGGCCCAGCUCUGGCUCAAGAAGGACCCCAAAGCAUCAUACGAGGCCUGGAAAAAGUGCCUCCCAGCUAGAUGUCAGGAGAGUUUGCCAAAGCCUCAGGGGAAGGCUGAGCUGAGGAAGCAGUACCUGCUGGAGAAGUAUGUGUGGAAGUGGAAACAGUUCAUGAGGUCCAGAAAAGGUGAAGGCCUUUUCCCACGCUUACUCAAACUGAGCCACAACAAUUGGCUACGCCAGGUUCUUUUCACACCUGCCACUCAGGCUGCCAGACAGGCAGCUUGCACUAUUGUGGAGGCACUAACCACAAUUCCCAGCCGCAAGCAGCAGGUCCUCGACCUGCUCACCAGUUAUUUGGAUGAGCUGAGUGUAGCUGGAGAGUGUGCAGUGGAGUACCUUGGUCUGUACCAGAAGCUGAUCAAACCAACACACUGGAAGGUUUACUUGGCUGCUCGUGGAGUCCUGCCCUACAUCGGAAAUCUCAUCACCAAGGAAAUUGCCAAUUUGUUGGCUCUGGAAGAGGCCACAUUGAGCACAGACCUACAGCAAGGUUACGCCCUUAAGAGCCUCACAGGUUUGCUUUCCUCAUUUGUGGAGGUCGAGUCUAUUAAGCGACAUUUCAAAAGCAGGUUGGUUGGCACUGUCCUCAAUGGUUACCUGUGUCUGAGAAAGCUAGUUGUCCAGCGCACUAAACUCAUUGAUGAGACUCAGGACAUGCUGCUCGAGAUGCUGGAGGACAUGACAACAGGUACUGAGUCUGAAACAAAAGCCUUCAUGGCUGUGUGCAUCGAAACAGCAAAGCGGUACAACCUGGAUGACUACAGGACGCCUGUAUUCAUUUUCGAGCGACUCUGCAGCAUCAUUUACCCUGAGGAGAAUGAGGUGACUGAGUUCUUUGUGACCCUGGAGAAAGACCCCCAGCAGGAGGACUUCCUACAGGGACGCAUGCCAGGAAACCCCUAUAGCAGCAACGAGCCUGGCAUUGGCCCUUUGAUGAGGGACAUCAAGAACAAAAUCUGUCAAGACUGUGACCUGGUGGCGCUUCUUGAAGAUGACAGUGGCAUGGAGCUUCUGGUGAAUAACAAAAUUAUCAGCUUGGACCUGUCAGUGGCAGAGGUCUACAAGAAGGUCUGGUGCCCAACAAAUGAGGGUGAGCCCAUGAGAAUCAUUUAUCGAAUGAGAGGUCUGCUUGGAGAUGCUACUGAGGAGUUCAUAGAAUCUUUGGACUCAACUACAGAUGAGGAAGAGGAUGAUGAGGAGGUGUACAAGAUGGCAGGAGUCAUGGCGCAGUGUGGAGGACUGGAGUGCAUGCUCAACCGUCUGUCUGGAAUCAAAGACUUUAAACAAGGACGACAUCUGCUCACUGUUUUACUGAAGUUGUUCAGCUACUGUGUGAAGGUGAAAAUUAACAGACAGCAGCUUGUCAAACCAGAGAUGAACACACUCAACGUCAUGUUGGGAACUCUUAACCUGGCUUUAGUGGCAGAACAGGAAAGUAAAGACAGCGGAGGUGCCUCAAUAGCAGAACAAGUUCUAAGCAUCAUGGAGAUCAUUCUGGAUGAAGCCAACGCUGAGAUCUCAGAGGACAAGGGUAACCUGCUGCUGACAGGAGAUAAAGAUCAGCUGGUCAUGUUGUUGGACCAGAUCAACACCCCAUUUGUUCGCUCCAACCCCAGUGUCCUCCAGGGUCUGCUCCGUAUCAUCCCAUACCUGUCCUUUGGUGAACUGGAGAAGAUGAGAAUCUUGGUGGAACGCUUCAAACCAUGCUGUAGCUUUGACAAGUAUGACGAGGAGCAUAGUGCAGAUGAAAAGGUGUUCUUGGACUGCUUUUGUAAAAUUGCUGCUGGUAUAAAAAAUAACAGUAACGGUCAUCAGUUGAAAGACCUCAUCCUGCAGAAAGGAAUCACACAGAGUGCACUGGACUACAUGAAGAAACAUAUCCCCAAUGCCAAAAAUCUUGAUGCAGAUGUUUGGAAGAAGUUCCUCUCUCGGCCGGCGCUGCCCUUCAUUCUCAGAUUGCUCCGUGGUUUGGCUACACAGCAUCCCCCCACACAGGUGUUGAUAGGCACAGAUUCAAUAUCCAACUUGCACAAACUGGAGCAGGUAUCCAGUGACGAAGGCAUCGGCACGCUGGCAGAGAACCUGCUGGAGGCGCUGAGGGAACACAGCGACGUGAACCUGAAGAUUGAAGCCGCCCGCAGAGAGACUCGAGCUGAGAAGAAACGCAUGGCUAUGGCCAUGAGACAGAAGGCACUGGGGACACUGGGCAUGACGACCAAUGAGAAGGGUCAAGUGGUGACAAAGACCUCACUGUUGAAGCAGAUGGAGGAGCUGAUAGAGGAACCAGGAUUGACCUGCUGUAUCUGUAGAGAGGGUUACAAAUUCCAGCCAACCAAAGUCCUGGGUAUUUACACAUUCACAAAGCGUGUGGCCUUGGAAGACUUCGAAAAUAAGCCUCGCAAGCAGCAGGGCUACAGCACUGUGUCGCACUUUAACAUAGUCCACUACGACUGCCAUUUGGCAGCUGUCAGGCUGGCUCGUGGGCGAGAGGAGUGGGAGAGUGCUGCUCUCCAGAAUGCAAACACCAAGUGCAAUGGGCUGCUUCCUGUGUGGGGGCCACAUGUGCCAGAAUCAGCCUUUGCUACAUGCUUAGCAAGGCACAACACAUAUCUGCAGGAGUGCACAGGUCAGCGGGAGCCCACAUACCAACUCAACAUCCACGACACCAAACUGCUGUUCCUGCGCUUUGCAACCGAACAGUCCUUCAGCGUGGACACGGGAGGAGGAGGCCGAGAGAGUAACAUCCACCUCAUCCCCUACAUCAUCCACACUGUGCUCUAUGUCCUCAACACCACAAGGGCUACAUCGCGGGAGGAGAAGAACCUGCAGAGUUUCCAGGAGCAGCCAUGUGAGAAGUGGAUGGAGAGUUCAUAUGACGUCGAAGGGCCACACUAUUUCACCAUCCUGGCCAUGCACAUCAUGCCGCCUGAACGCUGGAGGACCUCACGUCUAUACUUUCUACGACGACUCCUGGUCACCGCACAUGCCCGCAAGGUUUCUGCAGUCUGCGCAAACAAACUCACAGACAAAGCACCAAAGGAAUAUGCAGUCUAUCGCUCACCUCUUCUCUUCUGGGGCCUGGUGGAUCUGGUCUAUGACAUGUUCAGGAAAGUACCCACCAGUAACACAGAGGGCGGUUGGUCCUUCUCACUGGCAGAAUAUGUCCGUCACAACGACAUGCCCAUCUACGAGGCGUCAGAGCGUGUGCUCAGGGCGUUCCAGGACGAGCUCAUGCCCGCAGAGUCUUUGUCAGAGUUCUUUGAUGUAGUAGGCCUCCUCUCCGAUAUCCCAGACCCGGAUCUCUUCCUCCAAGAUUUGUUGAACUCUGUGCCGUGAUGGCCAACCUCACCACACACCUCCAAAAAACACAACAGCCCUGCUAACGAAGUUCAAGUCGGGACACUUACAACUGAAAACAAAAAGAUCUUUUUUCUUUUUCUUUUUACACACCGACACACACCGAUGACACAUACGCAGAGUAUACACCAUGCUUCCUACUCACCUCCCUCCCCCAGAUGACAUCUUCAAAUUAACGUUAAGCAGAAACUAUGUGUAGUCUAAAAAUCAUCCACUUUUGGCAACGUGUCUGUAACAUUUAACACAAAAAUACAGUGCUGAGAAAAGGGGGGAAACGCAUUAAAACAGAAUUCAGCCUGACUUCAGAGGUGAAGACAUGAAGUUGAAACAAAGAUUCGAGACUCGGCUCAGUGUGAAGGACGUCCCUGACUGUUGGCACCAAAAUAUUACACACUCUGUCUGAUUCUUCAAGUUGCACAUGAAUUCUGUUUUAUCGCGGAUCUUUUUUUUUUUUUUGGCUUUCAUCCCCCCCUUAAUGUUGGGGUGCAACAUUAAAGUAACAAGAAAAACCUUUGGGGAUUUGACCCACCACAUAUUAAGAGUGGCAUUUGAUUUUAUCCUUUUCCUUUUUGUUUGUUUGGUUUAAGUUUUUUUUGUUUUUUUUGGGUCAGAGCUUUUUAAAAAUGGCACGAGGUUUCAGUGUCACAUGGUUGCGAGCUAACCUGUCCUUUCCUUCUGGGCUUUUGCUGUUUGGUCUUUAUGUAGAUUCUAACUGGAAACUGAGUGACGGACAGAAAAAACACGUUUUUGAUUUUGUGUGUUUGUGUAAGGUUUCUUUUAUCAACUUAAGAAGUAAAAGGGGCAAAAAACAACAGUGAAGAAACUUUUAUUUUCUUGCAUAAAGCCAUGCCUUGGUAAAAAACAAAACAAAAAAAACAAACAAAAAAAACAAGUGAACUGAUUGUUGAGUGGUUCCAUCUGUUGCAAUGAAAUAUCAGACCUGUCUAAAUUAAUAAUAAAACAGACCUACAUUAUAUCCUUACACACUUUUUGCCUUGACUAAUGGUUUUGUUGUUUGGUUUGUUUAGUUCUUUUUUCUCUCUGUAGUCGAGGAAAAUUCCCCAGUACCAGCUUUUCUGGAAAACAAAAGGUGCCGUUGAGUUUUAUUCUCAGUGAUUGAUCUUUACAGACGCUGUUAAAUGGUGUCAUCUUUACUCAAGAGCUGAAUGCAUGGUGUGGAGUUCACCCGACUUAUUGUUAAUUCGCCUAUUCCCGCUGCUACAAUGUUCAACUGUUGUUAAAGCUGAAUGUCUGCUUUUUGAAUUUAGCCGAUGAUUAAUAAAGCCGUAAUUAUUCCAAAUCUGA